CUCAUCUUGUAAUAAUUAAAGGUACUGAAUAUUUUGAUGGAAAAUCUAAAGGAUAUGUUGACUUUCCUAUAACGGAUGUACUUCAAAUGAUGGGAAGAGCAGGCCGUCCGCAGUUCGAUAAUAGUGGUGUGGCAUGCAUUUUUGUUCAAGAUUCCAAAAAGACAUUUUAUCAGAAAUUUUUGUACGAACCAUUUCCAGUUGAAUCUAGUUUACAUGUGCAACUUGAAAACCAUUUAAAUGCAGAGAUAGUGCCAAAGAGCAUCAAAUCAAAAGAAGAUGCGAUGCGAUACCUUAUUUGCACGUAUUUUUAUCGAAGAUUGCGACAGAACCCUGCUUAUUAUGGUUUAGAGGAAAAUUCUGAAAAGGCAAUAGAUAAUUUUCUGUCUAAAUUGUUUGAAAAGUCAAUAAACGAGCUUAAUAUUUCUGGAUGCAUAGAAUAUGACGAAGAUUACAACAUAUCGACAACUGCUUUUGGAAAAAUCGCGUCUGAUUACUAUCUCUCACAUAAAACGAUACGUCUCUUUCGCAAUCGCAUCAAAAACGAUGUAUCUGUCCGAGACCUCUUGGGUAUUCUUUGUGACUCUGAAGAAUAUUCUGAACUUCCAGUACGUCAUAAUGAGGAUUUUCAGAAUCAAGAUUUGGAAAAGGAUCUUCCAUGGCCCGUACAAUUUGAUCAACCUUAUGACAGUCCUCAUGCAAAAGCCUUUUUGUUACUGCAAGCACAUUUUGCUAGAAUCAAAUUACCUAUCACUGAUUAUGUUACGGAUACUCUGUCUGUAUUGGAUCAAGCAAUUCGUAUUGCACAGGCAAUGAUUGACAUUUCUGUUGAACGCAAGACAUUAACGACAUGCUUAAAUAUAAUGACUUUACUGCAAUGUAUUAAACAAGCUCGCUGGCCAGAUGAAUCGUCAUUAUUGACAUUGCCCGGAAUUGUAAGUCCAAUGAUUGGCUCAUUGGCGCAUAAGGGCCGAGCUAUCACAUGUAUCGGUGAAUUGACUGAUCUCUCUAAAGAUGAUCUAAUAAAUCUAUUCAAAAGCGUUAAUCUUUCAGAGUCUGAAGUUCAAAAGGUUUUAUUGGAUAUUCCAUCGGUAGAACUUAAUUGCCGUAUAGAUGCAGAUAACAAAUCAUUAACACCUGAAACUGAAUAUACACUUUUAGUGUCUAUGGAAAGGUUUAAAUUGAGAUCAGACUAUGAUGGAAGGAUAUAUUCACCUCGAUUCCCGAAACCUCAAUAUGAAUCGUGGUGGAUUUUGUUAGGAGAUCCCAACUCAGACACUAUAAUUAAUUUGAAAAGAAUAAAUAUGCGUAGUGGAACAUUUGGUACAUUCAUGAAAAAAAUUCAAACGAAGUUGAAAUUAGUCACACCAAAGCGGGAGGGUAAAUACUCUUAUACAGUUUUUUUAAUUAGUGAUGGUUAUUUAGGAAUAGAUCAACAACACUCCAUAGAAUUUAGAGUAUUAGGAUAA